AUGACCGGAGAUAAGAUUAUUUAUGAGCCAGAGAUGAGAAAUAGACUAGACUACAUGCGCCGGCUACGACACCAUUACAAUAUGUCAGUCAACCGUACCGGUGUUCGAGUUAAUCCUACAACGGAACAAAUAGAGAUGCCUAGUUCGUGGUGGGAGGAUCGAAUUGCUGAGGCUGGAACAACUAAUGGGAAAUUUAUACGGGUGUUGCAAAGCAAGCCUCUUCCUUUCAAAGAGUUACUUGAUGAAAUUUAUGGUGAACAUGAUUUAGAUCAAGAUGAACGUUAUUCACCAUUCAUGCUCGGUGAACAUAUCCAGCAAACGCAAGCGGAGGAAGCUAGUGAUGAUGAAACUACAGCAGGAGAAACUGCAGAAGAUAGUGAAAUCCGAAUUCCUUCGGAACAGAUUAGCCUCUUAGCUUCAGAUGACGAAUUUCCCACUAGAGAAGCACAUCGUUCUCCACCUCGUGCAAACAAGUCAAUUUUAUGUGUUCAGAGUACAUCUACUAAGCGUACGAAUAGAAAAAGAGUCAAUUUCGAGACACAAAUCCAAAGUGGAUUUCAGCGUGUGGAAGAGUCUCGCACAAACUUAUUAGAUGUUUUACGGUCAAGAAACCACCAGAAAGCAACUUUUGGAGAUGCUUUGGCUGUACUAGAAACAUUAGAUGUUGUACCGAUGGGAAGCUUCUGGUGGGCUGCAAGUGGACUGUUGAUGAAAGACGAGGAAAUCCGCGAUGGGUUUAUAAAAUUACGAAGUGAAGAAAAUAAAAUUCGGUUUUUAGAGAGGCUAAGUGGUAUUGAUAGAUAUGGUGACCCAUGCCAAAUCAUCAACUUAAGAGAGACAUCUAACACUUCAACGUCUUCUGCCCCAAUAGCUCAUUCGCAAAUGGAUGGAAUUACAACUAGCACUUCACAAAGUUUAGGUCAGGGACUAGGAAUGUUUGAAUCAGGAUCUUCAGGGACUAGUUUUUCGUCUAUACUUGGGGUUCUUGGGAAUAAUUCGUUUGGUUUAAGUUCUGGGUUUUAA